AUGACCUCUAUAAACCUUAAUAAUAACUUAAGAGCCUUGAAGGACAUUGACUCCAAGCUCAUUAGCCUUGGUCACCUUGCUGGACAGCUUGGAGGAUUUGUUGGUCAAAGUGAGAGUGUUAAGAAAGCCGUUGUGAAUGCUAUUAAAGCCUAUUUUGACAAUAAUCCAAGCCUUAAAAAUGACCUAAAAGAUGUUUACUCUUCUCAUGUUACUAAGCUUUCUGUGUCUGACAAGUCUGCUGACCAGGCUGAUGACACCGUGAAAAUUAGUGAGCUUAGUCAGCUAGUUAGUAAAGAAAUUGCUAAAAUCAGUGCAGAAAUUGAGCAUCUUGAAAAGCAUAAUAACCUCUAUAAUCACUCUCCCCCUUCCCUAUCGCCCUCUGCUGACUCAGCCAAAUUGCAGUCCAAGUUGGAGGCUUUGAAGAAGGUGAAGGAGCUUUGUGGAUUUUAUGAGAAUUCUAAUAAUCAACAAAAUGAGCCUAAAAAUCUCUUAGAUAACCUUUGUGACGGCCUCGAAACCUUCCUCGGCUUCAAUCCAUCUUCCAAAGGCUACACUGGCCAGGGGAUUGUGUACUCGGACCUGGAUAGGCUGUGUGACGGGGUGAUGGGAUUUUUGAGUGGUGUGCUUGGUGCGGUGAAAAACACUCAGACAUACAAUGUCGGUAAAAAUACAUUACAAAACUUGGUAAGUAAUGAAAUUAACAAUCAUCUUUGCUCAGGGCACGAGGGCUUUAAAAGGCUUUUCGAAAAGUUGCCCAAGGAAAUCGAGAAGUAUAACAGGGACGUGAAAAAACAGAAUGAUGAUAUCACAGCCAAGAUAAACAAUUUAGAGAUGCAGUUAAAUACCAUGAAUGAUAAGGUAAGUAAAGUUUUAGAAAAUGAUGCUGUUUCAGGUACAACCAAGAAAUCCGUGCAGGCUGUGACGUACAGUGAGGAGCACGUGGAAUACGCUGUGAUAAAUAUUAGGCAGUAUCUUCGUGACUGUCAAUAUAAUGCCGAUAGAUUCAACGAAGCAUUCGACCUAGAACAAAGAUUAGACAUGCAAACUGCUGUUAAUGAUCUUAACUCUAAGUUACGUAAUGAUGUACUUGUAGCCACGAAGGCAGUCAAACAUGAAACACAGCGACUUGAGCAGUUGGCGCAGAAGGAGUGGGAUGACUAUAAAUACAUGAAGAGAACGGUGAGAGCAACGAUGGAGAGUCUGAAAUUAUCAGUUAACGGUGAGGUAAAAUACCAGGUAGAUGAACUAGUUAAGAAAUUGAAAGAGAAGGUUACGGAAAUGAAAAAUAACCUUGAACCAAUUAGAGACAAUCUCGGGGAAUACAUA